UUGUAUUUUUUUUUGCCGUUUGUUUUAUUAUUAUUUUAUUAGGCUCUUUAUUUUAAUCUCCGGGUUUCUUGUUAUUGUUCAUCUUCUGACAGAAUUGUGCUGUGAAACUUGUCCUGCAGUUUUAAAAAAAAAGAUCUUUUUAGAUGUUUAGUAACCAUGGUGAAGGAACUUGCAGAAAGCAAAUGAAAGGAGAGCAAAGAUCAAAGGAAUCUCUUAUUGUACCAAAUAAAAAUUUGAGAUUUAGUUCUCGACCACUUGUGUCUCAUGGCUGCUUUGAUCUGUGAUCUCCAGCACCAUCAUUUACACUUCAUCUUUGUUGGGUUGACUGCACCUGGAAGAGACCAUCAACAAUCUCCUAGUCCAUGUGGGUUGAAGCCAGGAAACUGAGGUGGACCAGGUGAAGCAGGAGCAGGAAGUUGAAGAGGACACCAUCCUCACCCAGCAGGACAAAACUGAUGGGAAGGGCCAUCAGCUGAGCUCGAGCCUCCAAAACCUUCUCCGUCUUCUGCCUCUUUUCUCAGAACCUCCAUCCCAAAGGCGAGUGGCGAAAGCAGCAGUCAGAGGGAAAAAAAACAAGGAAUGAAAGUGGAGAAAACGGUGGAAGCUCCUGAUCAGGAGGAUGUCGAGAUGGACGGGAAGCAUCUGUCGCUGCGCGUCGGUCGCAUCAUCUCAGCAGAGAAGCAUCCAGACGCCCGCAGUCUGGUCGUGGUGCAGGUGGACGUCGGAGAAGCUUCACCCACGACCGUGGUCAGCGGGCUGCUCAAGCUUUUCCCUCUGGACCAGGUGCUGAACCGCAUGGUCAUCCUGCUCUGCAACCUGAGACCGGCCAAGGUGCGGGGAGUCCUGUCCCAGGCCAUGGUCAUGUGCGCCACCUCCCCAGACAAGGUGGAGAUCCUGGAUCCUCCGGGUGGUGCGGAACCCGGGGACAGAGUGACUUUCCUGGGCUUCCUCGCCGAGCCGGAGAAGGAGCUCUUUGACAAAAAGAAAGAGCAGGUUCUGUGUGAUCUGUGCACGGACGGCCACUGCGUCGCCACUUACAGGGGAGCGGCGUUCAUCGUCGCGGGGAAGGGAGUGUGCCGAGCGCAGACCCUGAGCCACUGCGCGGUCAAAUAA